AUGGAGGGCAUCUCACAUCUUGCACAGCAAGACGGCAAUCCAACAGGUUCUGUAAUGCAGCCUAAGAGGCGAAGGGUUGAAGAUGGAGCGUCUAGUGAUGGAGAAGUACGAGGAGAGAUAAAGCGCAAGUAUGGUAUUGGCGCGCAGUUGAUGGCCAAGAUGGGAUAUAAGGAGGGCAGCGGUCUAGGGAAAGAAGGUACGGGACGCACGACGCCGAUAUUGGUAGAGCAGCGGCCGCAGGGCAUGGGGCUUGGAGCCAACGUCUCCAUUUCCUCUGACUCAGAGCAGAGUGAGGUGGAGCUUGUGACUCGCGAGGCAGUGAAGUUUGAAUCGAAAGGUGUGGAGACUGACACAAGCAGAAUAGCAGACAAGAUAGCAAAGCUGGAGAUCGCAGGAGUGCAAGUCCCCGCAGAAGUGAUGAGUUUGCGUUCUGGGACAAAGACGCUGGGUUACCAACGGGCUGCAGCGAUGGAAAGGGUGCUCUCGGAACUGCUGCAGGUGGGUGAGCAACUUGCGACCCUACAACUACGCGAAGAUCAGCUGCAGCAAGGGCUAGAUGCGGCCAUUCAGAGUAGUGACUCUGUUGAACAAGUUCUCAACGCGCUGCAACAGCCGACUGCGCUGCCGGAGCGGGUAGCGGCCAUAUUGGCCUUGGAGGACCCAGAAACGGUCGACAUACUAUGCGCGAGCAGCAUACGGGAGUACUUCACUGAGUGCAAGGACUGGGAUCCUCUGGAUCCCCUAGAUCCUUCCUACCUUAUCCUUUUGGAACUGGUGGACGUUCUCUCCUACGUGAUGGACAGUAGCACUUCGACUCUGAACCAAACGCAAACGGUCAUAUACAACAUCGUUUGGGAGAGGCUGCACGGGUUCUGGACAAAUAUAGACAUGCAGAAAGGCCAUGUCUUGGCGGGGAUCCUAUUAGACUACAAGAGUAUCCUGGACUUUGUCCACUGCAGCGACUACAUCUAUGGAAAUUACGUCUCUGCGCAACUCGCACACAUUCUGGAGCGCUGGGACGUUUCUGAGCUCCUCGUGGACCAUUCCGCCAUCACAGACCUGGUGCUGAUACUGCCACCACAUAUAUCAGACGAAAUCCGGCAGCUAGUCCAGGCUAAGUUCACCGAAUAUUGUUCCGCAUGGUAUCACAGGGACAGCCCCAUACCGGUGCCGAACCUUGUCUUUAUUCGUCAACUUCUAGGAGAAGGCACAGUCGAAGAUAUCAGCAGAAGAUGCUUGCUUCCAAACUUCAUCGAUCAGCUGUGGGAGAAGUAUUUCGAUCCGACGUUUGAACUGGAAGACCCCGCCUGCAAUGAUGGCAGCCUCUACUUUGUGGCCAGGCUGCGUGAAUGCGAGGACCUGCUGCCCAGCAAGGAAUACCGGAUGAUCUUGCGUGCUGUGUUUGACAGACUGAAUCGACUGCUCUACCAGUGGCAUCUCUACUGCCCUCAGCGGGCGGCUGAAGCGCGGAGCUGGUUCAACUGGUACAUAAACAGCGGGUUCCACGCCCCGACAAACACACAGGUGCAGGAGAUCAAACGCACGUUGCGGUUCCUAGCUGAGCCCGGCACGCCGAUCCAUGACGAGCAGCUGGACCUCGUCGCCGCUCUGGGCCUGGCGCCAGAGAACAAGGAAACGCUGCAGAACCUCCCGCUCGCGCGCGUCAGCGUCACGUUCAAGGACGUGGUGACGGACUACUGCGAGGCGCACGGCCUGCUGCUCGAAAAGACGGGCGACGUCGCCACCCUCCGCGUCUACCAGCAUGCACGUACUGUCCCGGUCUUCACCGUCACACACGUACACCGCCGCCGGCGUGUAGCUCUGUGCGAGGACGUGCUUUGGGUUCAGGAAGGGAUAGGCUUCAAACCUACGUACUUAUACGAACUAGAAACUCUUCUAAAGAGCGCUUAG